CUUCCGUGUUCCACGUCAGAGCUCACAGAGACUCGAACCUGAGCGGAGAGGCACACCUGAGGCGCCAGGUGAGCUGGAGGCACCGGUCCGGAUUGGUUCUGUCAGAUUGAUUUUAACCAACUUGUUGAUGAUUUGCUGCUCUCCUCUUCAUCCUUCAUCAGUCAUCAUCACCUGGUUUCUUCAGGCGGGUCCAACAUGACUGAGGUGAGAUGAAAGCAGAUGUUGGUUUCCCACCAGCUGCGCAGCUGUGGAACAGAUCCACCGCCACACACCCAGACGUCUGUGGAUGGCAGCCGUCCCGCCCCUGUGGGCCCCGUGAGAAGAUGCUGGAGCCAUCGGACCCCCGGCUCCUCCAGGACCAGCUGGACUUCUUCCAUAAGCUGGGAUUCUCCACGGCUCAGGUUCAGGCCGUCCAGCAGAAGUUUGGCACCGACACGGACAAGGUGCUGGGAGAGCUGGUUCGGAUGGGGGCCGGUCAGGAGGCCAAGCCGGGACCAGUGACCACCGUCUCUGUGUUGAUGCCCAGAGGGGAAGCCAAGGAUGGGGCCCCUGAGCUGCUGCUACCGAUCCACAGCAGAGAAGACGGCGGAGAGGACGGGGACGCUCUGAGGGCCGUGGUGAUAGACGGCAGCAACGUGGCCAUGAGCCACGGCAACAAGGAAGUCUUCUCCUGCCUGGGGAUCCAGCUGGCGGUGAACUUCUUCCUGGACCGGGGCCACACCGACGUCACCGUAUUUGUGCCGUCAUGGAGAAAAGAGCAGCCGAGGCCAGACGUUCCCAUCACAGAUCAGCACAUCCUGAGGGAGCUGGAGAAGAAGAAGAUUCUGGUCUUCACGCCGUCCCGCCGAGUGGCAGGAAAACGCGUCGUCUGCAACGACGACUGCUUUAUCGUCAAGCACGCCUUCGAGUCGGACGGCGUGGUCGUGUCCAACGACAUGUACCGUGACCUGCAGGGGGAGAAGCCCGAGUGGAAGCGCUUUAUCGAGAGAAGGCCGCUCAUGUACUCCUUCGUCAAUAACAAGUUUAUGCCUCCUGACGAUCCUCUGGGCCGACAUGGACCCAACCUGGAGAACUUCCUGAGAAAGUUCCCAAAAACUCAGAAGAAGCAGCCAUGUCCUUAUGGGAAGAAAUGCACCUUUGGGAUCAAAUGUAAAUUCCUCCAUCCGGAGCGAAGCAAGCAGUCCAACCGGGCCGUGGCUGACGACCUCCGGGAGAACGCCAAGAACCCCGCGGCCGCUCAGAAACCCGCCCGCCGCAGUCCGGCUCUGGACCUCAGCCUGACUCUGAUGGAGGACAUGGCCCAGAAGCUGACUCUGGGGCCUGAGGGCGGCUGCGCAAAGAGACAGGAUCCGAAGGGGGGGCACCACUCCGGGAAAAAGGCCCAGAGCAGGAGGGAGAAAACGGGCCAGCAUUCGGAGCAGACCUCCAAGAGGCCCGACGGCUCCCAGGAGCCGCUGGACUCUGGUUUGGGCUCCAUAGACAGUCAGCAGCUGGAGACGGCCUGGAGACUCCCUGACCAGAAGUACGAGGCAUCAGUCGGAACCGGCCCGCACCGGUUCUGCCCCUCAGCCGGCACCGUCUGCAGCUGCUGCUCACACGACCUGUUUCAGCCCAGCAGGAUGGUACCAGUGGGCAGCCGCAGCGCAGAUCUGACCCGCUAUGGCCUGCCCGCCUAUCCCAGCUGUGCUCUGGUUCCGCCCAGCAGAACCGCUUACAGUCAGCCCGCAGAACUCCUUCCCGGCAGAGUCCAUCAGCACUGGUCCGACCCAUUCAGUGGUCCCCCUCCAGAGGCCCGCAGCCUGCCGGGGGAACGCUGCGCGUGGGAGGCCGCUCCGAGUCCGAGUCCAGGUCCCGGUCCAAAGGACAGGGAGGUUGUCCGGAAGAAGCUCCUGGCCAUCUUCAGCGCCCAGCUGGUGGACGCCGCCAUGGACCGCUUCCCUCAGGUUCUGGACCCUCAGGUUCUGGUGGCAGAGAUCCUGAUCCUCCAGAGUCAGAACCGGUCCCUGAGAUAAGUCCGGUCCAGCCGGAUGGUGCCGGCAGGUCAGACCAACAUCAGUGGGUGUGUUUAUGUAGAGUGGUAUCCACCGGGUCAGGGAGGCGUCCAGAACCGCUCUGCUUCUGAUGCAAAUUGCAUCUUUAUUUAAAAACUGCUUUGAAGCCUCUGAACCGGCCGGGGCCGGUCCAGUUCAGAGUCAGAACCUCUAGAACUUCUUCUCUGAUGACCUUCAGCUGUUCUUUCACCUGCUAGUUCUCAUUCCAACUGGACCGGGCCAACCUUUGGGUUCCUAAUAAAGAGGAACCCAUUGGUCUAAUACUGGAUCACCUCCGUGGUUCUGCAUGUUCUGGUCACUCUGCUGAGUGGAGCCCUGGACCAGAACACCAGAACCUUUGGGAAGUCCUGCUCCAUCCCCCCGCAGCAUCAUGCAGAGAAAAGGUUCUGUCCAGAUGGGCCCGGUCCAGAAUAAACUGAUGCUUUGCUUCGUUGGAGAGGUUUGGACCAAACAGACCAAAGGUUCUGUUCUUUAGUUUCUGUUAAAGCUGAAAGAUGGAGGAAUAUGACCAGAAGAGGGCAGCAAUGAGCCAGGUUUUACCAAAGGUUGCUCGACUGGUUCCAUCAGAAAAGACUCGUCAUUCGACUUGGACUCGAAUCCUGAUGACUUGAGACUCAACCUUCUAAUAAAUGAACAGUCUAAAGGCGAAGUGGUCGUUUCCAGCCUCUCUGGGCGGUUCUGGUUCCGCGUUCAUGUAGAGAAACGUUGUAGCUGCAGCUUCAGGCUGUUUUUAUCAAAGACGUUCAGUUCGUUUUUUGGAACAGAACCUUCCUCUCCGUCCCAACAGGACUGAGAUCCAACAGAACCUGUCUGUGCGGAACGGAUCGGUACCAUGGAGCUGUUUCUCUGAAGGGAAUGUGUCUAAAUAUCUCAGCUAACUGUAGGAGAGUUUGUUUGGUUAUCUGGACCCGUCCCAGAACCCCUCAGAACCCCUCAGAACCCUUCAGCGACCUGCAGCACAGCAUAAGUGUCCAGACCCUUUUUAAACAGGGAUUAUCUGGGUUAGGAUUGGAACGACUCGUUCAUUUCUUCUGCUGCAUCCUGUCAGGAUAUCUCCAUAGAAACAGCCUCUAAAAAGUAGAAAACAUCUGAAAACUGUUAAUAAAUGAGAUUAUUCUCAGAUUAAAAAGAAAAAUGUAUAGAUUAAAAAAGACUUCUAAUGAUGCAUGUCAUAUUUAUGGAUAAAAUGAGAACAACUUUAUGAAUAAAUGACGGAUGCAGAAAGUGA